CUUCCGCCGCCCUCCGCAGGACGCGCAUCCCGCCCGGGUGAGUGACCGGGGACGGGACGGGGCGGGGGGCACACGGGGGCUGCAGCCGCACGCCCACCUGUUCGCGGGGUACCGGGCGGCCCCGCCUGCUCGCCCCUCCGCGCCGCCGCGCUGCGGGUGGGCCCGGCCCCGGGCGGCGCCCUGCGGGGAGCGGGGGCACCUGCGCGGCGCUGCCGCCGCCUCCCUCCGCCCCGCUCUGCCCCCCCCACCCGCGGGGCCGUCCCCGCCUUCGCGGCGCGCUGCGGGCGGUGCCCGGGCGGGGGGCGGCCCGCAGGUGGCGGAGCGCGGGGCGUGCGGCUGCGGGGCCGCCGGCGCCUCCCUUCGCUUCCCUUCCUCCGAGGGACGCUGCGGCGCGGCUGCACCCGUGCGGGGAGGAGCCCGCGGGCGGCCCGGUGGGAAGGAGGCUCCGCGGGACGGGAGGGAGGCUCGGCCCGCCCGCAUCCGCACGGGAUGGGCUUCGGUCGGCCGUAGACAAAAGAGCCGGGGAGGAAUCGGGGAGGGCUGCGAGCUGCGGGGUGCCCGGAGAAGGGCGGACGGAGGCCGGAGCGUUGGGAAGAGCCGCGACGUUCCGUACCUGAAGUUGUCUCCGUCGCUCCGUGCGGCUACUCCCGGCAGCCCGAUAGGCACGAGCUCCCACUGGCUGCGCUCCUCUGCAGAGCCCGACACAAGCACUGCGUGCCUCGGGCACCCGGAGCUGUGCAGGAGAGCAGGGAGGGAUGCGCUCACCACGACUGCUCGCGCCAACGCGGGGCUGGGGUGAGGCCGCUCUUCCUCACACAGCCCGAGCCAUCAGGGUUAAGGGGGCACGGGCGCUGCUUCGGUCAGGAUUGCUGGUGUAUUUCUCCUUGCAGAGCUCUCAAGUGUUCAGGUUUUGCAGCUGGAGAAUGAAAGCUCGCACGGUUUUCCCAGUGCUUGUAACAGAGCUGUGGCUGUGAAGCCGUCUGUCCCUCCUUCACGCACCCAGGCGUUGCAGCCCACUCCUCCGGCGCAGUCCCGGUCUGAUUAACAACAUUAACAACGUGCAGACGGCGUUGUUUCAGCAGCAGGGUGGCCGGAGCUGAGGGAAUUCCCAGCUCGGCCUGCUGGUGGGCCUGCAGGCUGGCGGCUGUCACUGCCGGGCUGUGCUGGGUGGGUGCUGUCAGCACAGCCUCCAGAUCUCCGUGCGAACGUCGGUGCGGUUAUACCUCCUGUGUUCGUGCUAAGUGAUCUGGUAAUUAGCAAUAAUGACCUCCAUUUGGGGUCACGCUCGUGCCACGAUGGUGAAACAAGACCAAAGGCCUAAGGGAGGCUCUUUUGCAGGCUCUGUGAGUCGCUUGAAAAGGGAUGCCGGGAAGCUCUGAAGGAGGUUCCAUGCACAAACCGUUGCAAGGGGACUCCUAUGGUGUUGUUGGAGCAGAGAGGGAGAAGCAGACUGACAACUGCAGCUUGAUUCCUUUUCUUGGCUCCCCCGAGAAGCAGUGAAGCAGGCUGCUAGCCCUCAGGAAGCAUCCCUCGGGAGAGCAGUGGUACUAAAGCACCGUUUGCCACAUGACUGUCUUCCACCAAACUUCCCUGACCUUUCGGGGAGGUGAAGUGCAGCUUCCAAACACCUAAUUCCCAAAAUGACAGCCCAACAGCAUGGAUGCCCUCCAGCCUUCCUGCUCAUCCAGGCUGGGCUGUCCCCAUUGCUUGUCACCGGGACCCAAAACUCCAUGCGUUGGAGUGAAAAGAGCCUUCUGAAGUUGAACGUGAGGGAAAAAAAAAAAUCAACACAGUGAAAACUGAGGCAAAGGCUGCCCUGUGUAGAGUUCCUGGUGAAGAAGGGAAGGGGCAGGAAUGCUAGCCAGGCCCCAGCUUGCCAUCUUUCAAGGUGUGUUGUGCUGCUCUGCUUCGGGCAGCCCAGAAGAGCAGCACAGUUGCACCCCAGGCUCUUGUACCUAAUGGUAAUUUAUUACCAGCUUUGUAUUUAACAUUCCUUUUUUUGAAGUGUAAACUUAGAGCCAGCAGAUAGAUGUACUAUUAGAUUAAUAUUGGUAAGAGUCAAAUGCACUCGUUGCUUUUAAGUGUACAAAAUGGUAUUUCAUCAGCUGUAUGGCUCAUUGGAGGCCAAAAAGGAAUAUUAAUCAAGUACAUUAUUUGACAAAUAUGAUGAGAUUAAACAAAUGACAUUUGCUAAGUGCUGGUCAGCUGCUCUGCCCUGUCCCAUUCCUCUUUCUCUCAUUGUCUUUCUAGUUUUCAUUCUACUUUUUCAUGGUUUCUCUUUUCUCAUUUUCCAUGAGCCAUUCUUAGAAUCUAUUUCAGUUAUUUUUUUCCCUUCCCCUUUUUCUUUCUCCCUAUACUGUUAUCUCUCAGUAUAUCACGGCCUUUCUUUCAUUCUUUCCUCUGCCUUAUUUUUCAGCCUCUCUUUUUGAGUCUAAAUGAGCCGUUUUCCCCUUUUACUCCACCUUAGUGGAGAUUUUGACUCAACUCUUUGUCGCCAGCUGAACUAAACCAGUGACUGUGUGAAGAUGUUUGCUCAGUGGCAGUGCUGCUCUGCCUCUCCCUGGCAUUCCAGCUGUUGUGAGAAGGGUGUUCCUGCCAUUCUGGAGCGUUCUUCCAGCACUUCUUUUUGCUUGUUGCUCUCCCUGUGCCUAUUCAGUCUGAUUUGGACUGAAUAAUCCACUGUCUUGGUAUUGUAAGAGAACGACCAGGAUCAAAUGGCAGACCUGUUUUUGUAUCUUCAUGCAACUGAUGUAUCUAAGUGACAUCGGCUGUAAGUAUAGGAGUUACAUGAUGAUACCCCCUUGUACUGGGAAGGAAUGGUCUCUGCUGAAGUGAAGGAAGUCACACCAUUCCUCUUUGAGUGCACUGCUAUAGUGAGCAGUCCUGGCAGCAUGUAGUCCUGAAGCCAGAUGGAUCAGGGAGGAUGGGGCCGAGAGGAGCAUGCUUUUGCAGUUAAUUAUUUACUGCAGAGGGAGAGCAAAGUUGGUAAUAAUUGGUUUAUAAUUAUAGAUAUCCAAAGGAAAAUGCCUCGAGAUGAUCUGUGUUGCCACCUGCUUGUUGGUCUCUCCUUAACGUGGAAUGAGCACUAUUUAACAACUAGCUCAGUAACAAAUAAAACUUCAGUCAUCAACUUCUUGCUGCCAGAAUACAGUUCUGCAGCUUGCAGUGUAUGCAGCAAAAUGCCCUGUUUUUUCCAUGCUGGCUGAGGUGUACCUGCAUUAAUGUACAGCCUGCCUGGGCAUCCAUCUGAGAGUGAAGCGGGCUCUUCAAACAGCUCAUCCAGCUCUUCAAGUCUGAUGCUGACAGAUGACUUUGUGGGUAAAUGCAGCGGACCCAGGAGUCCUGACUCCAUCUCUGCUGUUGGCCCAGCUGGUUGCUUUGGCUCACCAGACCUCUUCUUUGCUGGGAGCAAUGCUGACCCUCCUGCUGGGUAGAUUAAUGCAGCACAGCUGCUAGAAGGGGAGGGUGUGCUGGGUGAGGGUGCUCUGGUAACACAGUACAUAGCACUGGGCACAACUGUAAGCAGAGUUUUCUUCUUGCAUUACUAAAGCCAUUACAAAUGAAGCUGCUCACACUGAAGUUAAAUUUGAGAGCUGAUGGAGCUGAAUUUAGAUGCGUGUAGGAGCAGUAACGUGACAAAUGCAAAAUAGGGACAUUGCUGCAUCUACAGUUCCCUGGGAAGAGGCCUGUACAUGUGAUUAUUUAGCAUCCUUGGAGAUCAGCAGAGGGAGGAGCUGCAACCUUCAAAAAGAAGGGGAGGAUGUCCUGUUUGUGGGAGAAGGCUGUGAGAUAUAGAAGGCCAGAGAGCAGGAAUGAAAUGAGAGAAACCAGCACACACCAGGGGGUUGUGCUCUGCUCCCCUUCUGCAGGAAGAGAAGGGAGGAGUGGAAGAGGAGAUCUGUGAGAGAAGGCAUUUCUGAUGCUGCUGCAGUGCAAGGUGGAUGCAUGCUGUCCUGCCAGCCUGGCCUGAAAGAGAGCCAGCACCUCCCUUGAGAAAAGCAGGCUCUGGUGAACGGUCUCUGAAGGAGAGUCAUUUCAUUGCAAGUGCUUUUGUGCAAAGGAAGUGGAGGUCUUCUUUAGAGGCUUGUUAAGAAGUGAGCUCCGUUCAUGAGCGGUCUGUUGGUGUAGCAGACUGCCAUCACGUAAGCAGUCAGGGUUUGCUCUAGUGCUGAGGCUGUUUUCGUGCUUUGCAUUAUCUUCAGCAGUUCUGUGGUUUGUGUACAGCUCUGUUCACAGUCUUCUCUAAGUCAAAGAGGAACGUGUAUAAAGUAGGUUGGAAUAUAUGAAAUUACUCUGCAAGUGAUCUGUUUAGUCACUUGUCCUUUUUGCUACCCAUGUAGCAACAGCAGCAGCUGCCUGGCAUGGUUCUAGCUCUAUUUCUGUAGUUGCAGUAGUAUCUGUGCCCUGUUCCUGCAUCUGGCUUUGUUAGAGUAAGGAUGAGAGGUCAGAGUGCUUUGUAUUUGUAACAUGAUAGAAAGCACAGCAAUAACAGCAGAGUAGCAAGGCCCCAGGCUGCAGCAAGCGAGGGUUUGCGCAAAUGCAAUGGCUGAGAGUACAGAAAUAAAGGAAAUAAGCUACUUACCAUCAGAAGGCUUCAGGUACACAGUGAUCUCCAGCAAGAUACCCUCACCUCCACCACCAACCCUUAAAUGAGGUCUGGGAAGGGAUGGAUCCUGGCUCCACCUCUUCCAAUCACUCAGGUACAUUGCAUACACCUGAGCUCCUCUGGGUUGGCCUGGAUUGGCCCUGCCUUCCCACCAGGUGCUCAAUCGUUGGUCCAGGCUGUGACUUAGCAUUUCCAUUAUGCUAUUACUUGAGGUACCAGAGCUCAUCUCGUAGAACGAGAGCGGGCUUGAGAAGCCGACCUUUUCAAUAUAAGUAGAUGAAACAUCAAUGUUGCUUGAAGGUUAAUGGGACAGAGUCCAGCAUCUGCGUGUGCUAAUUCUGUAACUGACUUUCCUGUUGUCUCUCCUCGUAUCCGUGUAUGAUAUCAUAGCUGCCCUGAUGUGGGAUAGCUGCCUGGGGGGCUAGGCAGGGGGAGGAUAUCACUGUACUGCCAUGUGCUGUGACCUCCAUCUGGCAGCCAGUGUGGCUGCUGACGGACAAGGAAGUACACACAAGUCCCUGCUUUGCUUUCUACCUCCUCCUGCUGCUGGAGGGGAUGUGGUGGAUGGGGCUGGUGAUUGAGCCUCUGAGGGUGGUCCUGUAUGGAGCCAGGAGUUGGAGUUGAUGAUCAGGUCAGCCAGGAUGGGGCUCUGAGCUCCUAAUCUAGUGUAGGUUUCCCUGUUCACUGCAGGGGGGUUGGACCAGAUGGCCUUUAUGGGUCCCUUCCAGCUCAAACGAUUCUACGAUCCUUGUGGGUCCCUUCCAGCCGAGGAUCUUCUGUGAUUCUCAAAAGACCCAUGCUUGAAAGAAACACCCGUGUGACCAUCCUGAAUGCGUCUAAAGAAAGACUUGAGAGAUUGAGACCCAGGUCUGGAGAAACACUGCUGCCUUCCCACAGCACCAAGGAGGCCAUGGGCUGGUGUGGCUGAUGGUCACGGGGGAAUGUGCAGGCUCUCACCGGCCCGAUGGCCGAGCAGCCAGUUGUGUGGUCUUCAAAUAGAUGUGAAUGUCUUCUCCGUGCAAAUCCUUUGUGUUUCCAUCGUGUCUUCAGGAAUGAAUUGAUACCCUGUAGUAAAACGGAGCAUCUUGGUCUGCUGCGGAUUGGAAAAAUAAUAAGAAAACUCAAGCAACUGACAAGAAAUGAUGUAGCCCUCUGGAUGGGGAGGGGGGCAGGGCUUGAUUAAAAGAAACAAACAGCAGAGCUUUUGAAUCUUGCUAUAUGCUCGUAGCAGGUCAUUCCAAUAUGAGCCAUCUCUCUUUUUGUCAGCUGCUCAGAGGCACUUCUCACGGAAAGAACAGUCAGUCUAAAAGUGCAGUUACUUGACUGAGUAUUCUUGGAUAAAAAGCUUCCUGGGAGGGAGCAGCCCGGGCUCACGUAUUUAAAACAGAAAACCAACGCAGCACUGUGGAGAGGAAUGUGUUGUGACAGUUUAAUUUGCCACUGAAAUACGGUCACCUCUGGGCUAAUUCAGAGGAACCAUAGAAGAGCAGAUGAUAAAGCUGUUCAGAAUGGGAGGGGCACUUGAGCCAUCCCCAGAGCCGAGGACCCUAUUUCUCUGCAGGGCCAGUUAGCCAUCCAAAGGGUGGUGGUGCUCCUGGAGGCCCUGAGCUGGGGUCAGCUGGAAGAUGACCGAGUACAAGCUGGUGGUAGUGGGAGCUGGAGGUGUCGGGAAGAGCGCUUUGACGAUACAGCUCAUUCAGAACCAUUUUGUUGAUGAGUACGACCCCACAAUAGAGGAUUCCUACAGAAAGCAAGUCGUCAUCGAUGGAGAGACCUGUUUGCUGGACAUCCUGGAUACGGCGGGGCAGGAGGAGUACAGUGCCAUGCGAGACCAGUACAUGAGAACGGGGGAAGGAUUCCUGUGCGUCUUUGCCAUUAACAACACCAAGUCCUUUGAGGACAUCCACCAGUACAGGGAGCAGAUCAAGAGGGUGAAAGACUCAGAUGAUGUCCCCAUGGUGCUGGUGGGAAAUAAAUGUGAUCUGCCAGCACGGACAGUGGAGACCCGGCAAGCGCAGGACCUGGCCCGGAGUUACGGGAUCCCCUACAUAGAAACGUCGGCCAAAACCAGACAGGGCGUCGAAGAUGCCUUCUAUACCUUAGUGCGGGAGAUCCGUCAGCAUAAACUGCGCAAGCUGAACCCACCAGAUGAGAGUGGCCCUGGCUGCAUGAACUGUAAAUGCGUGAUAUCGUGACUGUGCUGACUGGACCCUGACUUGGAGAGGUGUCCGCUGUGCAGAGCACAAGGAAAGAGGUGAUGCGAAGGAAGAAACAAAUGGAUUCAGGGGAGGAGUGGAGGGGGAGGGAGAGAGGAAGAAGAGGACGGGAGGAGUGCCAGCCCCUCCAAGGACUAUCUCGCACUUCACCCAGGCCGGCAGCAGAUGACUUUUGGUUCUUUCCCCAUCCCCUCCUCCUUUGGCCUCCUCCACCCCGGCAACUGUACAAAGCCACAGAUUGAAUCACAGUAAAUUAUUAUUUGAUGGUCUCGACAAA